ACUGCCACAGCUGCUCUGCCAAUAAAUAAGAGCAAAACGUUUUCCCUUUGUGUAUCUCCAUCAUGGAUGCUUUUCAGGGGAUUUUAAGAUUCAUCCUUAACCGGAAAACUGUUAUUGGCUACAGCUUUUUGGCUCUGCUGACUGUGGGAGGUGAGCGUCUCUUUUCACUCGUGGCUUUUAAGUGUCCCUGCAGCACUGAGAACGUGGUGUACGGAUUGGUUUUCCUUUUUGCUCCUGCCUGGGUGUUACUGAUCCUGGGAUUCUUUCUGAACAACAGGUCAUGGAGACUCUUCACAGGCUGCUGUGUGAAUCCCAGGAAAAUCUUCCCCAGGGGCCACAGCUGCCGCUUCUUCUAUGUCCUCGGUCAGAUCACUCUGAGUUCAUUGGUGGCUCCAGUAAUGUGGCUUUCUGUGGCUUUGCUCAAUGGGACGUUUUAUGAAUGUGCCAUGAGUGGGACCAAAAAUUCCAGACUCCUGGGGCUGAUUUGCAAGGGCAAGCCCAAAGAGUGCUGGGACGAACUUCACAAGGUACCUUGCGGCAAAAUCAGCAUGACCCAUACAGACAACGAAGAACUGAAACUGUCCCUGCAAGCCCAGUCUCAGAUUCUAGGCUGGUUCCUGAUUUGUUCAGCAGCUUUCUUCUCUCUGCUCACUGCUUGUUAUGCUCGCUGCCGAUCAAAAGUUAGCUACCUUCAGCUGAGUUUUUGGAAGACGUAUGCACAAACGGAGAAGGAGUACUUGGAAAAUACGCUCCUGGACUAUGCCAAAAAGCUGAGUGAGAGGAACCUGAAAUGCUUCUUCGAAAACAAGAGGCCAGAGGUCUUCUCCAUGCCUACCUUUGCAGCCUGGGAGUCUGCUUCAGAGCUGCAUUCUUUCCACCCAAACCAGCAACAUUACAGCGUCCUCCACAGGGUGGUGGAAGAUGGUCUGGAACUUCGCCCUGAGGAUGACGAGACUACAAUGGUGCUUGUGGAUGCUUCUCAAAAUGUGCAGCUCACCGACCAUCACUGACUCGUGGUGUCUAGACAUCUUCCUACUGCAUCAACAGCUACCCGAGCAUCUCUGCGUUUUCUCACAUUUAGUGUUUCUUUAUAAGACAAUAUCGCAAAGGCAAGCAGCUUUGCAGCUCCCAGCUGCAGACAGUGUCAUGUGCUCAAACUGAUGCUGAGUGACUGGCCAAGGAUGGUGACAGAGGUGCUGUCGCAUUUGUCGGGGGUUGGGCUCAGGGGCUUCAAGUUCUAAGAUUUUAGGAUUGACAGUGAGACUCAUGCAAGAAGGUCUGCCACUCUGUGUAAAUAUGGUCAUGGCAUCCGGGGGUAGCAGUGGUGACUUGGGAGUGAGUGUGGUACUCUUAACAGACUUCUGUACAGUGGGAUCUGCAGUGUAGUUGGUAGAAAUCCUCACUCAGUAAAUCUAUCCUACUGCCUUUCAAGGAUGUGUGAAAUUCUAUCAUUUGAAAUUCAUUUCCUUGGAAUCUGAAGACACCGGUUCUCAAAAUAACACAUUAAAAGAAUAUGAUGCAUAAAAUUCAGAGCUUUUCACAUGUUUCCACUAUGCACUGAAAGCAGACCCCUACGGUCAGGGCUGUAUUAUGACUUUUGUGGGCUCUAGGUACUUUUGCCUUCAUGAAACCAUUUCUACGUUAAAAAAUACACAUACACACAAGCACAAAUAUACAUAUAUAUAUUUAUGACUAUUGAUAUAGACAUAUAUUAAUAUUACAUGUUAAAACUUUUUUUCAACCUUGAAGUUCAUUUAUUUCCUGUGACUUUAUAAGAAACUAAAAACACUUUUGUGGGCACUUACAGAAUGCAAAUUUUGCAUUCUAUUAUGUAAUAUAUCCACAUUAGUUUAAAUAUACAGAUAUAUUAAUUCCCUCUAAAUCUCUGAGUGGGAUUGAUAUUUAAGGGAGAGGCACCAUGUUCUAUGCUGUGGCUCACAUCUUAUACCACAGAGAGUCCUUGCCUCCUAGUUGGAGAAUCCUGGGGAUGAACUCCUUAUUACUAUGGAACAUUAUCCCAAAUUGGGGAAAGGAUCCUAUAGGUAUAAGACCUGAAACAACAUAUCCUUGGGAACUUGGAGGUGCAGAGUCAGGUUGUGUGUGUGUGUGUGUGUGUGUGUGUGUGUGUGUGUGUAUGUGUAGGUGGGAGAGUGGGAGGUGGGGGCUGUGAUGUUGCAAUAUUUGAAAUAUUGUUUGGGUUUUAAACAUGGUAUGUGAUAAAUGUUUAACAACUGGCUCUCAAAAAAAAAAACAACAA